AUGAGCAACCAGCGAAGCAGCACCAAGUUCAAGUGGAAGGUCGACUCGGAGAAGCACGUGGUGGUCUGGAACUUUGAGCGCCGGGGCUGGCAGCGCACGGACGGGAACGACUGGAACGUCUACUGGGCCAACAAGGUGAGCAUCAAGAGCAUGUUCAACCCCGAGAGUGGCAUCCGCCUCGGCGACGGGCAGUACGUCAACCACUUUCCCAACCAUUACGAGCUCACGCGCAAAGACCUCAUGGUCAAGAACCUCAAGCGGUACAAGAAGGAGGCCGAGAAGGACCCGAGCCUUGCCGAGAAGCUCGAUUUUAUUCCCGUCACGUACACGCUACCGGCCGACUACUCGCUUUUUGUCGAGGAGUUUCGACGCAACCCCAACGUCAUGUGGAUCAUGAAGCCGACGUCCAAGGCGCAGGGCAAAGGCAUCUUCCUCAUCAACAAGCUCUCGCAGACGAAAAAGUGGGCGACCGCCAAGUCGGUCGAAGGCUACGUCGUCUCGCGCUACAUUGAGCAGCCGCUCUUGAUUGGCGGCAAGAAGUUUGAUUUGCGCAUGUAUGUGCUCGUGAUUUCGUACCGGCCGCUGCAGGCGUUUGUGUACAGUGAAGGCUUUGCGCGCUUUUGCAACGUCAAGUACUCGACGGACCUCGACGACAUUGACAAUCCGUUCAUGCAUCUGACCAACGUUGCGGUUCAAAAGCACAACGAAGACUACAACAGCAAGCACGGCGGCAAGUGGAACAUCUACAAUCUGCGUCUGUACGUCGAAGCCACGCGCGGCCGCGGCGCGGCCGACACGAUGCUCUCGGCGAUCCACAACAUUAUGCUGCACUCGCUCAAGGCCGUCCAGAACGUCAUCAUCAACGACGUGCAUAGCUUCGAGUGCUACGGCUACGACAUCAUCAUCGACAGCGACCUCAAGCCAUGGCUCGUCGAGGUCAACGCGUCCCCGUCGCUCUCGACGACGACCAUCGAAGACCGCAACAUGAAGAGUCGCCUCCUCCGCGACGUGCUCGAGCUCGCGAUCGUCAACGAUACGGUCGACGCCCGACGCACGUUUUUAAACCCGGAGAUCAGCGCUACCAACGGCUUUGAGUGGCUCAUCAACGAAGCCGCGGUCGCGACCGAAGCCACCAAGACGCACCCCCAGAACACGCGCAAGCAUGCGAAUCAGUGGCGCUAGCAUUAGACGUGAAAGGAGAACGAUGAGUGGUG